GACGCUCUCGGACAGUCGUUCACAGUCACCCUUAACGGUCUCUUCUGUCUCUUUUCGCGUAUUCUGUCGCGAGAUUACUCGUUUUCCAAGUUCUUCUUCUUUUUUUCUCUUUUGUGAAUAUUUUCUCGAAGGCCACGAAAAGGAAGAAGAAAAGGAGGAGGAGGAAGAGGAGGUGGAGGAGGAGAAGAAGGAAGAGAGGUUUUUUGGAUCCUCGUGACGGGAUUAGUAGGUGAACCGAUUGGGAGAGAAGGGGAGGAGGGAAGGUAUCAAUCGGACAGUAGAAUGGACGGGCCGGCGGUAUUAUCGAUGCCGCCGAUAACCGCGCCCCAAAAAUCGGCACAAUCGCCGCAGCCGCAGUCGCAUUCGAAAUCCAAUCAGGAGUUGCAGGUGGGCACCGUGUCCCUUUACGGAAUCCACAUCGUGUCGCUGGUGAUCGAGGGCCAGGAGAGACUCUGCCUGGCCCAGAUCAGCAACACGUUGUUGAAGCAGUUCAGCUACAACGAGAUCCACAACAGGAGGGUCGCGUUGGGCAUCACCUGCGUCCAGUGCACCCCCGUCCAGUUGGAAAUCCUCCGCCGUGCCGGUGCCAUGCCCGUCUCGUCGAGGAGGUGCGGGAUGAUUACCCGGAGGGAAGCCGAGCGUCUCUGCAAAUCGUUCCUCGGCGACAAUGCGCCCCCCAGACUGCCGGAGGACUUCGCCUUCUCGGUGCACCACGAGUGCGCGUGGGGUUGCCGGGGCGCGUUCCUGCCUGCCCGUUACAACAGUUCCCGCGCCAAGUGCAUAAAGUGCGCCUACUGCGGCCUCUUCUUCUCGCCGAACAAGUUCAUCUUCCACUCGCACAGGAUCGGCCCCUCGGACAAGUACGUGCAACCGGACGCUGCCAACUUCAACUCGUGGCGGCGCCACAUGAAGCUGUCCGGGAAUCCGCCGGACGAGGUGGUGCACGCGUGGGAGGACGUGAAGGCGAUGUUCAACGGGGGGACAAGGAAGCGAUUGCUCAACAACCCGAGUUCGAGGGAGUCGCCGAGCCCCGCCAAGCAGCCGAGAUCGUCGCCCACCGCUCAGAUACCCACUCUCGUCCCCUCCCCCACCCAUCCACGGGUGCCCCCGUUCCCGGAGUUACCUCUGCCGCUGUCGAGGAGCCUGGUGAUGGAUUACGUGUGGCACCAGCACCAACAGGCCGCCGCUGUCGCGGCGGCAAAGACGCCCGGCUUCCCAUUCUCCCCGUACGCUUUGCCGUGGCUGGCCAAGAGGGGACCGGUCCUCUUUCCCGGGCCUCUACCACCGCCGAUAAGCGGCUCCAGCCCCACGGAACCGCUCAUACCAACGGUCAACCCGUCGUUGCAUCAAUCCGCCUUUCGCCCCGUGAUCCGCGGCCCGCCGAUCGUCGAACCCGUCGCCCAGGAACACCCCUCCGAGCACACCCCCGCGUCCCACAAAGAGGACAACUCCGACGACGAGGUGGACAUCGAGACGACCGAGGACGAUUCGGUCACGCCCCUCAACAUCGCCCCGCAGAACCUUCAUCAUUCCGUCUCGAGUUCCGCGACCGGCGGAACCCACAGCGGCCGCAACUCGCCCCAGUGCUGGAGCCCCCCCCGAGAAACCGAACGAGAGGCUGAAAAGAUAGCGGAGGAGGCGGCAGCUAUGCGCGACGUUAAACCGGAACUUCAACCCGCAAGAAGUCCCGACACCUGGCAGGGAAACAACUUCUAUCGACAUCUGAAUGCAAUAAAAGGCGCGGAGCAGGCCGAGAGGACGGGCACGACGGAUUGUUCCGCCUGCCAUCCUCCGCGAGGAAUAUUUUACAGCCAGAUUCAUAGCCCGUCUGCGCCCACUAAUUAAUCGGCACGCGCAGCCGAGAUGCAGCCGGGAGGAGAAGUUGAGGAGGGGAGAAGGAGCAGGUGGGGAGGGGUUUGAAGAAGGGGAGGGAAAGAGAAGUGGAGAGUAAUUCGAAAAGACACUGUAAAUUAGGGGUCUCCGUCAGUUAUUCAGCCUUGGGAAUUUCGUUGAAUUCCAAUUAGUUUAAAGCGCGUUUAUCUCACGGUUACACGUUCUAAUUAUUUUUUUUUUUCUCUUCCCUCCUCUUUUAUUCCUUCUUUUCAUCCUCCGAGUCAACCUUUGCAAGCGCGAGGUUGAGCGAACGAUGGCGAAGGAUUUGAAUUAAUUAAAGAAGGAGAUGAGUGAGUAAGUAAGUAAGUACGUGCUCGAAUGAAGUUGCCAAAUUCUCGAAGCAUAAUUUUUUCCUUCCGAGAAUAUUUAAACCGUUGGGAAUCGUUCGAUCUUUUUUUUAAACGAAACGACGAUUGAUCGAGGAUACGGAAGAGAUGUUGAUGGAUGACGUUGACGGAAGAAAGAAGAGAAGAAAGGAAGAGAAACCUCGACGGUUUCUUGCGACUCUGUAAUAAAUUAAUUUUGUAGAUCAAUUACCGCACAAAGAAACGUUAUUAUAAAUAUUCCACGUGUAAUUAAUUUCCACGAUACGCGAGCAUAUUAAAUUAUUAACAUGCGUUCGAAGAGAGAGGAAAGAAGAAAUUUCGCUCAAAUCUUGUAUCUAGAUUAAAAAAAAGGAAAAAAGGAAAAAAAAAUAUAUAUAUAUUUAUUUUCGAUUCUACUCCUGUACGGUGUAGAUCUCGUUGAUACGUCAAUAAUAAUCAAGUUUUCAAACGCGCAUAGGGGAAAACCGAUAUUACAUUAAGACAUAUCUUUGUAACGAAACAUUUUAGCGGGGAGGAGAAGUGUUGCGCGCGCAUGCGCGUGUAAAAAUGGCCAGAAAGAAAUGAUAUCAUGUAUACAGUUAGUCGAACGAAAUUUCAAUAAAAUAUAAUACAUGUAAGAAACAACACUUUUUGAAAAGUGAAAAGUGAUGAUCGAUCCCUUAGAAGAAUUAUUAUUUAAUUGUAAUAAUUGCGUGAUAUUGUUUAGAAAAAAAAUUAUUUGUCGAAAACUAGAACUACCAGACUUUUCCAAUUCUUUUUUUUUUUUUGCGAGGAAUAAAUAUCAUAUCGAUAAUGAUUAAUUAAUUUCAGUAGUAACG